AUGGAUGGAAAUCCAGUCACUUGCUCAGACUUGCAGAGGACCAUGGAGAGGAGGGUUGCACCAUGUUCUGCUUGCUUCCCCAAGCUCCAUCUGAAUGAGGAUGAGGAUGAGGAUGGGGACUUGGAAUUGUGGGCAGAGCCUUGGGAUUCCGAUGAGGAGGAACGUACAGAAGGACGCUCCUCUGCUCCACACUCUCCUAUCCCUAAUUUCAAUUCAGUCAAUCCAGUUUCCCCACCACUCACACAUGUUUCACUCCAGCACACAUCAACAUCCAUGGAUAUCAACUCUAAACUGCAGCAGAAGAGAGCACUUGAGAUCAAGAAAAUACCUCAAAAAUUGGAGAAAAUCCUUCCUCAGUUGAAGGAUCUCUGUCUGUGCUGCCUUGUAAUGGGGACAAGGGAUGGAAGCCAUCACACACAUCAGUGUAAACACUGGGUGAAACACAAACAGGGUGGGACUGAGGCAUUUGCUUUUAAAAAGGCACAUUUUUGUAACCAGGGUGAUACUGGAUACUGCUACACAUGUCUUCUGAACCCAGAUGCACCCCUACAUGGUGUCAAGGUUCCUGGUCAGCCAUGUUUAUAUGCAGGGAUUGUUUUUGAGAUUGUUUGGCUCACUGUUAGUGACACAGAGAUGAUGAACAGCAUAGCAGAUUAUUUGAAGGACAGCAGGCUUAAGGAGGAGAAGUAUUAUGCCCCAUGGCUGAAGAAGGGGUAUGAUGGAAUGGACAAGAAGUGGAGAAAUUGUGCUACUCAGCUAGUCCUAUGGUUCCAUGAUACAUAUCUCAAAUAA